GGUCCUCUUGCUUAACAAUAUCAUCAUCCAAAAUGUCGUCCACAAACCCCCAAGACCUUCCACACAUGAACUUCCGCUCCUUUGUUGAGUCACUGAGAGCAGAUGGCGACCUCGUAGAAAUCAACGAAGAAUGUGACCCGAACCUCGAAGUCGGCGCCAUAAUCCGUAAAGUCGUUGAGAAUGAUGAGCGCGCCCCUCUCUUCAACAAGCUUAGUGGCCAGGAUGCAGACGGCUUCUGGCGUAUCCUCGGCGCACCUAACUCACUUCGUGCCGACCCUCGCCAACGCUUUGGACGCCUGGCGAGACACCUGGGCCUCCCGCCGACGUCGAGUAUGAAGGAGAUCCUUGACAAGAUGGUCGCCGCCAAGACUGCCGCACCUAUUCCACCCGUCGUCGUCGAGUCCGGUUCAUGCAAGGAGAUCCGGCUGACGCCCGACCAGUUUGACCUCACGAAGCUUCCUGCACCGAUGCUGCACAAGUCAGAUGGAGGGAAGUACAUCCAGACGUACGGCAUGCAUAUCGUCCAAUCUCCCGACGGCAAGUGGACAAAUUGGUCCAUCGCACGGGCCAUGGUGCAUGAUAAGAACCACCUUGCCGGCCUCAUAAUUGAGCCGCAGCAUAUUUGGCAGAUCCACCAGAUGUGGAAGAAGGAAGGAAAGGAUAUGCCGUGGGCGUUAGUCUUUGGCGUUCCGCCAGCCGCCAUCAUGGCAGCGAGCAUGCCUCUGCCUGGAGGACUGUCCGAGGCGGAAUAUAUCGGCUCAUUGGUCGGGACACCGUUGGAAGUUGUCAAGUGUGACACCAACGGGCUUUAUGUCCCUGCCAACUCGGAGAUCGUGUUCGAGGGUGUCUGCUCAGCUACUGAGACGGUACCCGAGGGGCCCUUCGGAGAGAUGCACGGUUAUGUCUUCCCAGGAGAUGCGCACCAGCAGCCAAAGUACAGGGUCGACCUUAUCACGCACCGCAAGGAUGCCAUCAUGCCCGUCUGCAACUGCGGUCGGUUGACUGACGAGACGCAUACCAUGAUCGGCCCCCUGGCUGCUGCCGAGAUCGGGUUCCUCCUCAAGUCAAAGGGUAUGCCCAUUAAGGAAGCCUUCUCACCCUUCGAGUCGCAGGUGACAUGGGUCGCUCUUCAAGUCGACACGAAGAAGCUCCGCGCUAUCAACACAAACGCCGAGGAGUUCUGCCGCGCAAUUGGCGACAUUGUCUUCAACGACAAGGUGGGCUACACCAUCCACCGUCUCGUCCUCGUCGGAGAAGACAUCGACGUGUACAAUUUCAAGGACGUCAUGUGGGCUUUCUGCACGCGCUGCCGGCCUGGCUUGGACGAGUACCACUUUGAGGACGUCCGUGGCUUCCCUCUAAUCCCGUACAUGGGACACGGUAAUGGACAAAGGGGCAUGGGCGGCAAGGUGGUGUCAGAUGCCUUGAUGCCCAAGGAAUACACCACCGGCCGGGAUUGGGAGGCUGCGGAUUUCAAAGAGUCGUUCCCUGCCGAUGUCCAGGAGAAGGUGCUCGGAAGGUGGGAGUCCUUCGGUUACACCACAAAAGAAUGA